AUGGAAUAUGGUCUGAAUCAGCAAUGGUUUUCGCAGAGGCGGUCACUCCCUCGCGUGCGCAUCGCGGAGUCCCAUUCGUCGUGGAUUAGAAAGCGAAAUUUCGUCACGGUUCCUUUCGAUCAUGCGGCUCUUGGCGACGGCGACGGGAGGUCUUGCUCGGAGUCGGUGUAUACACCGACCAUUUACCUACCGCCUCCAGGGACCAAUGGCGAAGGCACGAACCAGCUUCGUAAUUUCCGAGAUGAAAGGUACAAAUCUUGGGACUUCGCGGCAGAUGUACCUCCAAAAAAUGGGUACAAAGUAUUGACAUCAGCCAUUAUACCCCGACCCAUCGCCUUCGUGUCUUCCGUGUCUGCAGAAGGGGCACCGAAUUUGGCACCCUUUAGUUAUUUCUCAAUGGUAUCUCACAACCCCCCGCUGUUGAGCAUAUCGUUCAGCUUGUCUCCGCGACGGCCGAAAGAUACGAGAGAGAAUAUCCUCUCCACGAAGAAGUUCACCGUGAAUAUUAUUAGCGACGAUUUCAUCGAAGCCGCCAAUUCUACCUCUGUAGAAGCACCGGCGGAUGUGGACGAGUGGUUGAUUAGUGGCCUCACUAUGGCUUAUGGUGAAUCCGGAUGGCCGGCGAGAGUGCGAGAAAGCGCCAUUAGCCUUGAGUGCGAGCUAUAUUUCUCCAAAGAUAUACCGAAGAGCGAAGCAGACGCGACGAUUGGAACGACGUUGAUACUCGGGUUGAUUAAGAAGGUUCACAUCCGCAAAUCGGUCCUUUCUGACGACGGCGAAUCGGUCGACCCUCGGAAACUUCGUGCUGUAGCUCGCUUAGGGGGCUUGGAGUAUGCAACGAUUGGACAUAGAUUCGAGCUGCCACGGCCGUCUUGGAAGGAACUGAAGGAUUCAUUCCGGGUAAAGUGA